AUGGGGUUUCGCAUCACGACAUGGAAUGUUAAUGGGAUUCGGAACCCGUUCUCCUAUGAACCAUGGAGAGGUACCCGCACAUUCGAAUCCAUGUUCGAUAUCCUCGAAUCAGACAUUGUGGUGUUUCAGGAGACGAAAAUUCAGCGCAAGGACUUGCGCGAUGACAUGGUCCUGGUGCCGGGAUGGGACUGCUAUUUCAGCCUGCCCAAGUUCAAGAAGGGGUACUCCGGUGUCGUGAUUUACACGCGUAAUGCCACCUGUGCACCAAUCCGGGCCGAAGAAGGCGUCACAGGAGUGCUUUGCCCACCAAACUCAUCGGUAGCUUUCCGUGAUCUGCCGGAAGAGCAGCAAAUAGGUGGCUAUCCUACUCUAAGCCAACUUACCACCUCACCUUCUGCAUCGGAACAGAGCGAUACAGAAGAUCAGGGUGAGGGCGCACUAUCCAAGGAACGAAUCGAUGCUGCAACUCUAGACUCCGAAGGACGUUGCGUUGUUCUAGAGUUUCCAGCUUUCGUUCUCAUCGGAACAUAUUGUCCCGCAUAUAGGGAUGAGAGCCGCGAUUCUUUUCGCAUGGAUUUUCUCAAUGCUUUGGACGCACGGAUACGGAACCUUGUGUCUCUGGGGAAGAGGGUGUUUGUGACCGGCGAUAUCAACAUCUCCAAGGCCCCUAUUGACUCUGCACAUGCGCUGGAGAACAUUCGCAAAAGCGCCACCACCGAGCAAGAAUUCAUUCUUAGUCCACCCCGCAGGCUAUUCAACGCAUUACUGGCUGAUGGUGUGGUGAUUGGUGAUCGGGACAACGACAAGGAGCAGCCAGUCCUUCAUGAUAUUUGCCGGUCUUUUCACCCGAAUCGACCUGGGAUGUACACUUGCUGGGAUACAAGGCUCAAUACUCGGCCUGGCAAUUAUGGGUCAAGAAUUGACUAUGUUCUAUGCAGCCUUGACAUGCGGGAAUGGUUUUCUGAUUCAAAUAUACAAGAAGGCCUCAUGGGAUCAGAUCAUUGCCCCGUCUAUGCCGUAUUCAAGGAACAGGUGUUGCAUAAUGGAAACAUGGUUCCCAUCCUUGACAUCGUGAACCCCCCUGGAAUGUUUAAAGGUGGCAAGCGUCAGAAAGAAUAUUCGACCCAGUAUCUUUUGUCCACGUCAGGGCGUCUGCUUCCAGAGUUUGAUGUUGAUAAGCGGCGGAGUAUCAAGGAUAUGUUUGCCCGCAAGCCACCAACCAUGCCAUCCCAAUCACCGCCUAAAGCUAAUGUCGUCGAGAAUCUGACCACCGCUACAAGGGUCGAGCAUGGAUUACCGACACCCAGCCAAAUUGAUUCAAAUGGUCCACUGGUUACGCCGGAUGGUUCCUCGGUUUCAAACCCUAUGCCUCGAAAGAGACCACCGCAACCACCAACGGUCCCUGCAAAACGCUCGAAAUCCGCCGCGGCGUCAAAUGCUGCCUCCACAGCCGGCCAGAAAACACUUAAAGGGUUUUUCAAACCCAAGGCUGCUGGCAGUAGCUCAUCGUCUCAGUCACCCACAUAUGCAUCCCCUGCUAGUACUUCUAAUCCCGACGUAUGGACAUCGCCAUCAAAGGGUUGUGCCAUGAACGAGAGCACUACGGCUAGAGCUACCCAAGGUACAGAGCCUCCACUCGACACUCCUGCCGCAAGCACAUGUAAUCCAUUGGUGUCGUCCUCGCCCAGCAAGCCUGAUCAUGAUGAUACAGUGAUCGACCCGAUUGUCAGUAAAGAGGAUUGGUCUAAGCUCUUCACCAAAAAGCCCGUCCCUCGGUGUGACUCGCAUGAAGAACCCUGCAUCAGCUUGACCACCAAGAAACCAGGCAUCAACCGUGGCCGAGCGUUCUGGAUCUGUCCCCGGCCCCUCGGACCCCAUGGUGAGAAGGAAAAAGGCACACAAUGGCGGUGCCCAACAUUUAUCUGGGCCAGUGAUUGGAAUGGAUCUUCGCAACCGGAAUCAUGA